AGCGGGAAUCUCACAAUCAUUUUCAUUUAUUUUUCAGUUUAAUUUCUAUCGGGGGGAUUGCAGCUAGGGUUUUAGUCAGGGUUUUGAGUAACUCAUUCUGCUCCUCCUCUCUCUGGUCACCAUGUCAAGGGCCGUCGCCGUCGCCGCUGGCGCAAGGCGCCUCUUCCUCUCCUCCACUUCUCUGAGAGCCGCCUCCACUCCAAGGCUUUCUACCGCAUCAGGGAUAAAGCCACCAACCUUUGGCCUCCACAAAAGGAGAACUCUGUGCACUACCAGGUUGCCCGUGGAAUUGAGUUCUAUGGUAUCUCUGAUGCCGCACCACAGUGCUACUGCUUCAGCAUUGCUCAAAUCAAUGCUAUCUGUUGACCAUUGCCAUUGGGGCUGGCUUUCAGAAGAUAAUUUGGAGCUUUCAUUGUGAAGCUGAAUGCGGGAUUUGGGCCAUUGAAGUAACCCACCAGGCAUACUUGAAUUUGUUUAUUGCUACUCCACCAUUUGUUAAGAAGGUUUGAUAUCACUUGGCCAUUUGUUCUUUGCACAAGGGGAGGUUUGUAGAGCUCAAAUUGUGUGCUUUCCUUCCCAUCGAGAUGUAUUUUGAAAUAGUUUUUGUGGUUGGUAAGGGAUUUGGCUGGUUGGUCGGGGAUUUGGCCAUUUCCAUGGUUCCUGCUGUUUGCAGGCUUGAUUUUGGUCUUGUGAGGUGGCUGAGGUGGUGGCUUUGGUGGAUUGAGGUGUAAGGUUAAGGUGGUCGACAGAGGUUUUGGUCGAGCUGUUUUAUUGUUCCCUUGGUUAGUUUUUAUCCAUCUUCCGUCAAAUCUGCAUACAUCUUUCAAUGGCUUUUUAUGGAUAAUGAUAAAAUUCCAUUGGUGCAACCAGAGCUUAUAUGAAGCACUGCCAUUUGUAUUUUGAGAUGAGGUGGUCAAGUAUUAGGCUUUCUGUGUUACCAUUUGCUUUGUUCCACUUGGACUUCUUGCUACAUAAAUUUCACUGGUAAUUCUAUUCUCCUUUACGUUACACCACACGAGUAAUAACAUGCAGAAGUAUUCACAUGUGUACAUACACACACCAUAGAGACGUUCAUUUGUUUUCUGUGCUUGUUUAGAAAGAAGCAUACUCUUCUAGUCUUUUAUUCAGUGAUUAAAAACUCGGACUUAGGCUCGGACACCUGGGUCCUGAGCCCAAAUUAGCUACCCAACUCUAUAUUCAUUGAAGGGCCAUGAUUGACUGAGAUGUGCUCAAGUCUCAGGAUUUCUUUAUCCAGUCCCUGUUCCCUGCCAAUAUUUAGUCACUGCUUUUAUGAGAUGAAUCAAGUUCUAUCUUCUGAUUUUGAGGGAUUGUCUAUAAAGAGACCAUUUAUCUUUUGUACAUGGAGGUUACAAUCAUUCCCACUCAU